AUGUCUCGUCAAAAUUUACAACGUCAACCAUCAGCUGUAUUUACUUCAGAUCAAGAUGAUGAUGGUGAUCAAAAUAAUGAUACUAAUUUAAUGGAUAUACAAUUUUCAACACCUGAAGGAAAAUCACAACGUCAACCUCAACAGCCAGCAAAAAAAAAACUAACAACACGGAGAAUAACAAAUGAUGAUGAAAUUGAAAUUAUUGAUUUCAUAACAGGAAAAAAAAAAACAAAUGUAUCGAUAAAUGAAUUAUCAUCAGUACAAUUAGCACGUCGUGAACAUGGAAAAUAUCAAUCAUCUUUUAAAGUUUUAAAUCCUGAUCCAAUAACACCAUCAUUAAUGAUUAAAUUUUAUAAUCAAAGAUUUGGUACAAUUCUUGAACGUUUUAAAUUAGAUCUAUCAAUAUUAGAUCAUAAUUAUGCACGAUUAGAUGAAUUUAUUACAUUAUUUCGUUUGGCACUCGAAUUUUUUAAAAAGAAUUUAAUUAAUGAACGAUUUGUUAAUGAUAUUUAUGUUUAUAAUGCAAAAAUUAUUGCAGUUGUGCCACCAAAUACAAGUGAUUUAUUUCGUCGUAUUGUACAUUCAUUAUUCGUUACACAUACUGAAACAAAAUUAAAUGCAUUAGGACAUAUAUUUACAAAUACAGAUGCUGUUAAUAUUCGAAAUGGAAUUUGGUGUGCCAAUUUAAUACGUCGUACAAUUGUUCCAACAUAA